AUGAACGAUCUCUUCCUCCAAGUGAUAUCUGGAUCUCCGCGGCAAAAAUACAACCAGAUUAUUGCUACUUCACCAGAGUAUACCAUUCUAUGUGCCCAGGCACCAAAGGCAGAAGAUCGCAUCGCUUUACUUAUAAAGCGGUUCCCCACGUCAACUGAGACAAGUUCAGCGCAGACAAUGCGCCAUCUUCUGCAGACGUGUGUCACAUCCUCUGUUCCACCUGAUGAGGCAGAAUCUAUGGUCGAAACCUUGGUAGAGUUCGCCAAAGAACAUCCAACAUGGACUGACACUAUUCAAUGGAUCUGUGCUCUUGUGCAUUAUUACUGUACGGACGAAAUCACUGUCUCACUAUUUUCCGAAUUUGAUGUGCCUUCUGUGGCUGUACAUGCAAUAAAAGAAAAUGCCCAAAACAAUCAACUUGUUUUGGCUGCUUGUGCUUUAUUGUCUCAUUUUAACUUAUAUCCUAUAGGUGACGGCAUUUCCCAACUUGCUCGUGCCCUGCAAAUUCACAGUACAGAUCCAUUGGUUUGUAAAAUGGCUUGUCGUGCUCUGGCAGAAUUUACUUCUUACGUUGUAGAAGCACCAGAACGAUUUGCUGCUUCUAAUAAAGAAUUUAUUGAAGCAAAUGGUGUAGAAGUACUUGAAUGCGUUUUACGAGAUCAAAUCGGAGAUGAAGAAACCACGAGAUAUGUUGUUCGAAUUGCUGCCAAUAUGACAAGUUCAGGUUCGCCAAGUUCUCUUGAACCGGACUCAAAAGUUAUGUCCUAUCUUGCAGAAGCACUUGGGCGAUAUUCCGAUUCUGAUUUGCUUUGCAGCCAUGCAUUACAUGUUUUUAGCAAUUUACCUACUUCAACCUAUAUUGAUUGGGAUAUAAUAACAAAAUUAUUUAAAACAACUGAAUCUGAGGCGACAGCAUUGGAAGCUAUUCACUUCCUAUGCAGUGUUGCAAUAAAUGUUAAGGUACAAAAACAAUUAAUAUAUUCAACAGGUUGUGUUAAUCGUGUUCUUGAAAUUCUACGUAAAUACCGUCUCAAUGCCGCUAUUCAAGAAAAUGCAUGCAGUUUACUGUCCUACCUAUCUUUUGACUCUGAAACGAUAACAACAAAAAUAACAGAAGCAGGUGGAAUUCUUUUGGUACUUGAGGCUAUGAGAAAUUUUCCAGAUAAUGAAGAUUUACUUGUUUCUGCGUGUGCGGCACUCAGUGGUUUAACAUUCAAUAACCUUCAAGGACAGAAAGUCAUUGUUGAAGAAAAAGGUGUAGCAUGUAUUUUAGAAGCUAUGCGACGAGGAAAAAGUGCACGAUUACAAGAGAAUGGUUGCUUGGCAAUUGGAACUAUGUGUUGGAACAGUGAUUUAAAAGCUGAUGUGGUACGUUUGGGAGGAGUGGAAAUGAUUAUGAAUGCUUUACAAAAUCAUUACACAAGUCCUGGUCUUGUUAAAAAUGCAUGUCGGGCCUUGGCGCAAGUUGCCUUUAAUUGUGAGGCCUAUCGUGAUGAGAUGAGUGCCAGUGGAGUGAUACCACUUAUUAUAAAAGGAAUGGCACAACACCCCAACUAUGACCGAGUGCAAAUGCACGGUUGUGUAGCACUUUCAUAUCUUUCAUGGAAUAAUGAAAUAAAUUCUGCACAAAUAACUUCUAACAACGGCUAUAAAGUUAUUGUUGACGCUAUGCGUAAUCACGUACAUAAUUAUGAAGUUCAAGAGCAUGCAUCAAGGGCUCUUGCUAAUAUUGGAACUGUACCAUCAGAUGAUCUUUUACCUGCCCUAGAGCAAAUUGUAAUAGCUAUGCGACGACAUGAAAAUGUAAGUGAAGUUCAAGAAGAAACUUGUCGUGCUAUCGUUACUCUUUCGUUGAUUUCGCCUGCAUAUAAAGACAAAUUAUAUGAAUUAAAUUGUGUGGAAUGUGUCGUUACAGCGAUGAGUAAUUUUCGUGGUAAUCAAGUGGUUCAACAAGAGGCAUGUAAUGCCUUAGCUCACCUUGCUUAUGAGCAUGCUAAACUUAAUAAAUCUGUAACUGAACAUAAUGGAGUAGAGGCUCUUCUUACAGCCAUGAAAACAUAUGUAAAUGCUCCUAAAGUUCAGUUAAACGCUUGUGGAGGUCUAAGUGCUUUGGCGUUUGAUAAUACUAUAGCUCAACAGCAGAUAUAUGAUCUUGAUGGUGUAGCAUGUGUUAUACGUGCAAUGGAAAAUUUUGAACGUUUGCGUAUGUUGGAAUUGGGUUGUUCAGUCCUUGGAACAUUGGCAUGGAAUGCUCAAAUUAAAGAACAAGUUGCUGUUGUAGCUAUACCAGAAAUAUUAAAAGCUAUGCGUGCGCAUUAUCAUAGCCCAUUGUUGCAAAAGUCUACUUGUCGUGCUAUAUCUCAAUUUGCUUUUAAUUCUGAAAAUAAUCGUCAACUUUUGGCAGAAUCUGGUGCUAUACCUCUUAUUGUAAAUGCAAUGCGUUCACAUAUUACCACAGAUAAACUUCUUGUACAUGGAAUAAAAGCUCUUACUUACCUUUGCUGGGAGAACGCACAAGUUGCGGAGGCUAUAAUAAAUGAAGGUAUAGAAGAUGUUCUUGAAAAAAUUGUAACUUCAUACUCAUCAUCGCAACGUGUCUACGGUGAAGCUGUUCAUCUUUCUAAAAUACUAUUUCGUAAAGUUUCAGGGAGUCCUCAUGCAAGAAUGUGUUCACCACCGCUUUCUUCCCCAGUUCCAAUGUCUCAAACACCAGGACCUGGUGUUACUCGCACGGAUAACGAAAUGCUUCUCAGUCCCCCUAUGCAAGAUUCAGAUAUUCCACAUUACUAUACAGUACCUCAGGAAUUAAUGAGACAAGAGGUAAGACAGCAGCGUAAUCAGCGAAAUGUCCAGGAACAACAAGGAAGAGAUGAUAAUAAAAACAAAGGUGAGGUUCCUGGACGACGUCGCCGCAAUCGUCGCCGAGGGGGCAACACCAGCCACGAACGACGCCCAAAUCAGUUGGAAUCACAGGUUGAAGGACAAGGUACUGGUGGGUACCACGUGGAUCCAUAUGUCAGUCGACCACAACGUCGGGAUAAUGAUUCAAAUCGAAUGAUAUCUGCCGAAGAUUUGUGGGAUGAUCCGGAUCCAAGUACCUACCAUGGUAACCGUGACUUGGGCAAACUUAACUGGCAACAAGCAGAACUUGCACGCCAAGAGAAUGAAAGACAACGACCAACAGGUGAAACGUCAGGCCGUGGUGGUAGUGGUAGUGGUGGUGGUGGUGGGGGACGAGGUGGUAAAAGACGCGUCAACCCACGUAAUAACAACCGUGGAAGGGGACGUGGUGAAGUGGAAAAAACUCGUUGA